GGCAGCAGUGGGAGUAGGCAGUGCUGACUGGGCCUGGCACAGAGGGCAGAGCUGCUUGCAGGGAACAAGGCUUGGGUCAGAGCAGGGAGAUGGCAAUGGAGAUCACGCUAGGAUCCAUGGAGGGAACACAGCUGCUGCCCUGGGUGGCUGGAGCCAUCACCCUGCUGCUGACGGUGGUGACUGUACACUUCCUACCCUCUUUGCUGAACUACUGGUGGUGGUGGUGGGUGAUGAAGCCCAUCCCAGGCAUCCGCCCAUGCUACCCCUUUGUGGGAAAUGCUCUCCUGUUGGAGCGAAAUGGAGAAGGUUUUUUUAAACAGCUACAACAGUAUGCUGAUGAGUUCAGGAAAAUGCCAAUGUUCAAACUCUGGUUAGGUCCACUGCCUGUCACAGUAUUGUUCCAUCCUGAUAGUGUGGAGGUUAUUCUGAGCAGUUCAAAGCAUAUUAAAAAAUCAUUCCUGUACACAUUUCUGCACCCAUGGCUGGGGACUGGACUUUUGACAAGCACUGGAGACAAGUGGCGGUCACGGAGGAAGAUGAUAACUCCUACAUUCCACUUUGCAAUCUUAAAUGACUUUCUUGAGGUUAUGAAUGAACAAGGGGGUAUUUUGUUGGAGAAACUUGAGAAGCAUGUUGACAAGGAACCAUUUAAUAUCUUUACAGACAUCACUCUGUGUGCACUUGAUAUUAUCUGUGAAACUGCAAUGGGCAAGAAUCUGGGUGCUCAAGACAAUAAGGAUUCUGAGUAUGUUCGUGCUGUCUACAGGAUGAGUGAUCUAAUCCAACAGCGACAGAAGAGCCCUUGGCUUUGGCAUGAUCUUAUGUAUCUUCUGUUCAAGGAAGGAAGAGAGCAUGAGCAGAAUCUUAAGAUUCUGCAUGGUUUUACAGAUACGGUAAUUGCAGAAAAAGUUGCAGAACUUGAAAACACCAAGCUAACAAAACACGAUACUGACGUGAACACUGAAGAAGAAAGUGGUUCCAAAAAGAGAGAAGCUUUCUUAGACAUGCUGCUGAAUGCCACAGAUGAUGAAGGGAAAAAACUCAGCUACAAGGACAUUCGUGAAGAAGUGGAUACUUUUAUGUUUGAGGGUCAUGAUACAACAGCAGCCGCUAUGAACUGGGUCCUAUACUUGCUUGGUCAUCAUCCUGAAGCCCAGAAGAAGGUUCACCAAGAACUGGAUGAGGUGUUUGGCAACACAGAGCGUCCUGUUACAGUGGAUGAUUUGAAGAAACUUCGAUACCUCGAGUGUGUUGUGAAAGAAGCCCUGAGGCUCUUCCCUUCAGUUCCCAUGUUCGCCCGUUCCUUGCAAGAGGAUUGCUAUAUUAGUGGAUAUAAGCUACCAAAAGGCACGAAUGUCCUUGUCUUAACUUAUGUGCUGCACAGAGAUCCUGAGAUCUUCCCUGAGCCAGAUGAAUUCAGGCCUGAGCGCUUCUUCCCUGAAAAUAGCAAAGGAAGGCACCCAUAUGCUUAUGUGCCCUUCUCUGCUGGCCCCAGGAACUGCAUUGGCCAACGCUUUGCACAAAUGGAAGAGAAAACUCUUCUAGCCCUCAUCCUGCGGCGCUUUUGGGUGGACUGUUCUCAAAAGCCAGAAGAGCUUGGUCUGUCAGGAGAACUAAUUCUUCGUCCAAAUAAUGGCAUCUGGGUUCAACUGAAGAGGAGACCAAAAACUGUAACAGAAUGAAAGGAAAUACAAGAUUCUGAUUUUCCAGAAACUUCUAAGCUAUUUGGACUGAGAUGUGUUUUAAAUCAGAUGUUUUGAUAGCAGUCCUGCAAUUUGUUGGGUUAAAUGUUGUUGCUGAUUGUUUAGUCAAAUACAGUGCUCUAAUAGACAUAAGCUACUCUACUUUUCUUGUACGUGAGAACUUCAAGUCCAUCUUUGAAUUGCAAAUCUUUAAACAUCAAAUCUUGGUGCCUCAUCUCAUCAGAUGAAGCUAUUCCAUUGCAACAAUGCAAAAACCCUGAAAUGAAGGUGCUAGCAACAGUAAUGUUUUUGGUGGAGAGAGAGGAUUAUUUUUCAUAGCACCUGUGAAGUAACCAGUAGUCUCAAAGCUUUCUGUAUUUUUUCAGGGGAUUUUUUUGUUUGUUUUUGCUUUAAGAGUAUAAGUGAACAAUUAUUCUACUUGCCAUAAGCUUUUUCUCUUCUAGUCAUGACUACAUCUAUGAAAAUGAAGCUCUGAUAAAUGUACUCCUCCUUUGUAAGCAUUUGCAGUAGUUCUUAAAUAACAAGUGCCCUGAAUUAUUUUUAGCACAAUCUGCAAUAAACAGCAAUCCAUAUAAUCAUACCAUGAAUGAGAUGGUGUGCAAGCUGUACAAUUUCAUAUUAGCAGAUACAACGUAUUAUUACAAGUUUGGAGAAUAAACUUCUAUUGUGCCUCA